AUGGCUGACUACGAGCCCGAGGACAACCUCGAACAGAACAGCACCCUGAGCAGCGAAUCGAUCCAAGAGGAUAUGAGCAACCUCUUGCGCACAAAAUUGACGGGCGAGCAGUGGAAUCCCGCCAAGGUAGAUGGCUGGGUGGAGGACAUUAUUAACUCGAUCCUAACUGAGCUCGCGGAGCUCAAGAAACCGUACAAGUACGUCGUCACGUGCGUGUUCAUGCAGCGUACCGGUGCCGCGCUUUCCACCGGGUUCAUUAGCCUCUGGGACAAUACAAAGGAUGGUAUGGUGCACGUCCCUUUCGAGAACGACUCAUUUCACUGCCUGGUGACAGUCUACUUCCUGAAGAACGACUAG